AUGCGCCAACUCGGAAGGUUCUCCCUGCCAGGUAUCAGCAAACCACAGUGGCUGUGCAUCAGCUACAUGCUCCACUCGAUCAAGAUAGUCUUGAGGGACUUCAGCGUUUCCAAAACGUUUGAGCUGCUCAUCCCAGUGAAACUUAACCUAAGAAUGGUCAGCAACGAAUCUAAGUUGGAGGCUUUCAAGACUGCACCAGAAAAUUUCUUUGAAGUGAUCCAGAACCAGUUUUUUAUCCAGGCCAAGGAGGAAGAGGAAGUGAGAAAAGACCCAUAUGAGCUGUACUUUUCGUCAACGUAG